CCUCACAACACCCUCACACCUUAAACAUUGACAAGCAUAGACGUACACAGAGAAUCAUUUACAUAUUCUUGGCGUUCUUAAUGUGUGUGUGUAUUUAAUGGUAUCACGCAUAUAUUUGUUUUCAAAGCUGAACUACAAAACUACCAUGUGCAAAAUUCUGUUAAGUGAGUGUAGGGAUGUGUAGUAGCUGACAAAAUGAAUCGCCAAGAGUACACAACAGGAACACUACAUGCAUCGAGAGUUUUAAAAGAGCUCUCAACAUUUCGACAUUUUGCAGCUCUGUGCGAUGGAACUGUAAAGCUCUCGGAUGGGACUGUGAAAGUUAGCAAAGCUUUAUUAGCUUCUGGCUGUCCAUAUUUUAAGCAAAGUCCACCAACCUCCCAGCUUGCCAUAAGGACACAUGGCGGGGACAGGAGUCAUACACACAAUGAAAGGGUUCUCUUUGAAUUUGAGGAAGAAUCACAAGGUGGCUUGCACCGUACAACUGAGCCAAGGUUAGACAUUGCCUGCAAAACAUUUGAACUUAUACUGGACUUUAUUUACACGGGCAGAGUCAUUCUAGAUAAUGAUAACAUUCAAGACAUAUUACAAGCAAGUGAUCUCCUCCUCAUGACAGAUCUAAAGGAAUUGUGUAUAAGGUUCCUGAUGGCCAGGAUUGAUGUGGACAACUGCUUGGGAAUACUUCAAUUUGCUCAGCAGUUUUCCUGUCCACGCCUAGUUCGCUUUGCUCAAGACUUCAUCUGCCAGCACUUUAAGCAUAGGCAAAUUGUACGAACUGAUGAAUUUCGCAAUCUGAGUGAGGAGCGCUUGAAAGACCUCUUGUCACAGGAUGGACUAACAGUCAAAUCAGAAGUGGAUAUACUUACUGCUCUUGUAGUAUGGCUCAAUUCCAACUUAGCUGAGACUCCGGAUGUUGAAUCUCUGGUUACUAGUUGCUUACGAGAGUCUUCAGAUUUGAAGUAUGAUCCAAAAUUUCAACGAGCUUUACAAGAUAUUCGAGCCGGUAAUCCUCCUUGGGACUCUCCUGGGGCAUCAAGGGUAUUAGAUGCUCUUAAAAAGACACGGAGAAUUCGAUCCAUUAGAGAGAGAGGAAUGAAGACAGUACUUGCAUGUUGUGAUGGUAACACUAAUAUUUACUUGGUGGAUAUUCUCGGCUCGGGAAAACACGCAGGAGCUCAUGUCCGAUUGCCACCAAUGUGCUUCCCAAGGAUAAAGCCAGCACUUGUUGUUGAAGGUGGAUACCUAUUUGCUCUGGGUGGAAUUAGUACAGACAGAGUGCUACAGAAUGAUGUCCAGAAAUAUGAUCCUGUAACUAACAGCUGGACUCUGAUGUCUCCAAUGCCCUUUGCCUGUUGUUCUCCACGGAUUGUAGCACAUGCUGGAAAACUAUAUGUUUUAGGGGGCUAUAACAACGAAGUUGAACUUGAAAUGUCAAAUCUUGAGGAAUUUGACAUUUAUUCUAAUAAAUGGAGGACAUUGCCUUCCAUACCCAAUGUACGCAGAGGGGCAGCAGUAGCUGUAUCAGAUGAAAAAAUUUUCUACAUUGGCGGAUCUCCAUGGCAAGAGCUUCCUGAUGGAAGUCCAUUUUUCAGGGUGUUAGAUGCUGUAGAAAUCUUUUGCAUUAAAGAAGAGAUUUGGGUUGCGGGACCUCAGCUCAAAGAACGAAGAAGUUAUGCAACAGCAGUUAGUCAUGGUGGAAACAUCUUUGUUAUUGGUGGUGCCAGGCCUAUUGAAUGUCCAAGUGCACAAGGUCAGCUCAAGGUAACAGGAACAGAAGCCCUCUUCAGUGAUUCUCCAAUGGGUUGGACAAUAUUAUCUAAGCUUCGUGUUCCCAACGAGGCCAAGAUUCAAACUACAGCAUUGGCAAAUAAUGAACACCUUGUAAUUGUAGGGAAGGGUGACUCGUCUGACAUAAUGCGAGACAAUUGUUUUGUAAUGGAAACAUCUGGUUGGGCAUUCCCUCCAGGAGCAGAGAGUAUAUUGACUUCAGGAACAAAUAUAUUCUUCAGCUAUGCUCUCCUUACCUUGCCUAUAGCUGCCAUGCAGGAUUUAUUUUCUGAAGAUAGUGAAUAGAGUAAAGUACAGUAUUAAUAGCAUUUAAAUAUAUGCAUCUUUUAUAAGCAUAUAUUUUUAUAUUAUAUUAUUUGGUCUCAAAUAUUAACUGUGUAAAUAAGAGAGAACAUUUUUUUUAUUAUAAUAAGUUUGUAUUAUAAUUUCACUUGCAUUUUUAGAAGCAUAUUGAGUUUUGGCCAGUAAAUAUUUUUCAUCAUUUGCUUGUGUUUGGAAUAUAUUAUUCCAAACAAAAAGUGCAAUUUUGGUCAAGCAUGUGCAGUAAUUUUAUUUUGCAAUACAUAAUUACUAAU